AUGUUUGUGCCGUUCUUCUUCAUUUUUUCCUUAGCUUUGGCUAUUCCACAGCAUAUUCUCACCAUUCAGCAUUCGCCCAAGUUCAAGUCGGUGAACCGUUUCUUCAAACAGAACAAUCCAGCUACAAACGACAGUGACUUCUCCAUCUUGGCCGAUAUUGGACUAAACAGCAAUUACAGCUGGUCUGAGUUGGUCGACGAACUUACGCUGCUCAACAAACAUCACCACCAUAAGCAAUACAAAUUAUUCUUACUCCAGAGACACGGAGAAGGUUUCCACAACAUUGCUCCGGAUCUCGUUGCUAAUUGGACCUGUCAGUGGCAGAUGCAAGAUGGUAAUGACGAAAUGGAAUGGUACGACGCCAGACUUACAGAAGUCGGACACGAGCAGAUCACCAACUUAUCGAAGCUGAUAGAGACAGAGAUUGAACGUCGUCAAAUGCCAUUACCAGAGUCUUUCUAUGUAAGUCCUAUGAGAAGAACUCUCGAAACCUGGGACUUGACAUGGAGCACCAUUACGAAACAACAACCACUUAUCAAGGAGUUUGCCAGAGAAACAUACGGAAUCGGCACAGAAAGUAAGAGACAUACAAAGGAAUACAUUGGCCAGAACUAUCCUUUCGCAGUAUUCGAGGCAGGCUUUAGCCAGAACGAUGAGCUCUGGAAGUCCGAGGUACACGAACUGAACCAACACCGUAACUACCGGGCCGCCCAGUUACUUUCAGACAUCUUCAUUAACGACUCAAACCAGAUCAUCAGUAUCGUUUCACAUUCUGGACUUAUCAAAUCGAUUUUGAAGGUAAUUGGACACAGAAAAUGGACAUUGAAGACCGGCCAGAUGAUUCCAGUCAUCAUCGAAGUCGAUUACACCAAGAGAGGUAGAGACUUUAACUUGCGCAAGCCAUGGGGACGCUUGCCUGAAUAUUGUUUUGCUCAUAGUGACUAA